AUGUCUGAAAGUAACUCGCAUAACUUUGAUGAGCAUGAGUCUCAUAGCGAAAACAGCGAUUAUAUGAUGGACACUCAGGUAGAAGAUGACUACGACGAAGAUAGUAACGUACAGGGUGAAUAUUCUUAUUAUCCUAAUGAGGAGGAAGACGAACAUAUGCUUUCUAGCAUAGGAAGCUUUGAGGCAGAAGAUGAGGAGGAUGAUAAUAGCUACCAUCGUGAAGAUGAUCCUGAGCUUUUGUAUGGAUACCAUAGAACCCAAAAUAGUGGAGAUGAAGACAGGAAUAGUGAAGAUGAAGGACUUGAUCACUCCCAUGAUAACAGUGAAUUUGGUAGCAACCCCUUUCAUUUACCUGAUAUUUUGGAAACAUUCGCACAAAGAUUGGAACAAAGAAGACAAACAGGUAGAGGACAAGUACAACACCCAGCUGGCAGGACACUACCUGAGAUUUUAUCCAUGAUUGGAGGAAGGAUGGAGAGAAGCGUGGAGAGCUCGGCAAGAAAUGAGCGGAUUUCUAAAUUGAUAGAGAAUACUGGAAAUGCCUCCGACGACCCUUAUAUUGCAAUGGAAAGUUUAAAAGAACUUUCUGAAAACAUAUUGAUGAUGAACCAGAUGGUUGUCGAUAGAAUCAUACCGAUGGAAACAUUGAUAGGGAACAUCGCUGCCAUUCUUUCUGACAAAUUCUUGCGGGAAGAAUUAGAACUACAAAUGCAAGCCUGCAGAUGCAUGUAUAAUCUUUUUGAGGUUUCUCCAGAAUCUAUUUCAAUUGCUGUUGACGAGCACGUUAUACCCAUUUUGCAGGAAAAGUUAGUGGAAAUUAGUUAUAUUGAUCUUGCAGAACAAGUUUUAGAGACUGUAGAAUACAUUUCUAGAGUGCAUGGAGGAGACGUUUUGAAAACUGGUCAAUUAUCAAUUUACGUGCAAUUUUUCGAUUUUUUGACUAUACAUGCACAGAGAAAGGCUAUUUCAAUUGUUUCGAACGCUUGUAGCAGUAUUCGAAUAGAUGAUUUCAAGACCGUCGUUGAAGUACUUCCAACUCUAAAACCUAUCUUUGUAAAUGCGACAGAUCAGCCAAUUAUGACUGGGCUUGUAAAUGCUCUUUAUGGUAUCUGCGGGGCAUUGCACAGGGUUGAAAAUUUUGAGUCCUUGUUUUCGUUGGAUUUGAUCGAAAGAAUCGUUCAGUUGAUUUCUAUUCAAGACACCCCCUUGGAAAAUAAAUUGAAAUGUUUGGACAUUUUAACUGUAUUGGCAAUUAGCAGUAAUAUACUUUCAAGGGAACUGAGAGAGAAAACUGAUAUUGUUGAUAUGACUACGCGAUCCUUUCAACAUUAUAGUAAGAAUUCUAAUGCGGGGCUACAUGAAACAUUGAUUUAUGUUCCAAACAGUUUAUUGAUUAGUAUUUCAAGAUUUAUAGUCGUACUGUUUCCUCCCGAAGAGGAGCGAGUAUUAUCUGCUGAUAAAAAUACCGGGAAUAGCGAUCGCAAUGUUAGCUCGAGUCAAGAAAAAAUUAAUGCUUUGGUUCAGUGCCUAAUACCAAUUCUCGUUGAAAUUUAUACCAACGCUGCUGACUUUGAUGUAAGAAGAUACGUGCUCAUUGCCUUACUAAGGGUAGUUUCAUGCAUAAACAAUUCCACAGCGAAAGCAAUUGAUGAUCAACUUAUUAAAUUAAUUGGGUCCAUCUUAGCCCAAAAAGGAUCGACAUUUAACGCUACCAGCACCCAUGCAACGGAGGCUGGGACGCUAUUAGUCGGUGGUCUCUCGUUGCUUGAAUUAAUUUGCAAAAAAUUUUCUGAACUAUUCUUGCCUUCUAUUAAAAGAGAAGGUAUUUUUGAUUUGGUUAAAGAUUUGUCUGUGGAUUUCAACAACAUUAAUUUGAAGGAGAGCGAAGAUGAGAAUAAUUCACUUUCUGACCAAGAAGGGGAUUUGCAUAGUAGCAUUGAAGAAUGUGAUGAAGCUGAUGACGACUAUGAUUACGAAUUUACUGAUAUGGAAAUACCUGACUCAGUUAAACCAAAAAAAAUCACAAUUCAUAUUUUCAGAACCUUGUCUUUAGUUUAUAUUAAGAACAAGGGUGUAGACCUAGUUAAUAGGGUACUUUCGCAAAUGAAUGUUGAGCAAGAGGCAACGGAGGAACUGCAUCAAAUCGAAAGCGUCGUAUCCAUUUUAGAAAAUCCUUCCACCCCCGACGAAACGGUGGAGGAUUGGAAGAAAAUUUGGUCAAUCCUGAAGAAGUGUAUUUUCCAUGAAGAUUUUGACGUGUCAGGUUUUGAAUUUACCUCUACAGGGCUGGCUUCAUCCAUGGCUAAAAGAAUUGCAACUUCGACUGCAUCUUACUUUAUUUUUGCGAAAUCGUUUUUAGAGGUCUUUGAAGGUAACGUUAACCGAUUUUUAGAUAUUUUACAGUCUGCUCUCACGAGGCUGGAAAAUUUUUCUAUAGUUGAUUGUGGUUUACAGGAUGGUGGUGGCGUGGCUUCAUUGGCCAAAGAGAUACGCAUUAAGUUGGUUUAUGACGGUGAUGCAAGUAAAGAUGAUAUUGGUACUGAUUUAUCAUCUACUGUCGUCUCAGUCCAUUGCAUAGCCUCUUUUACCUCACUGAAUGAGUUUUUGAAGCAUAGAAUGGUAAGAAUGCGUUUUCUAAAUUCAUUGAUCCCAAAUCUUACAUCUAUUACGGAUGCUAACAGCGAACAAGAGGAGAAUUGUUUGGAUGAUAUGUGUAAAAAGAACUUUGAUUUUUUUUAUGAUGAUGAGAAAGUCGACAUGGAGUCCACAGUAUUCGGUGUUAUAUUCAAUACAUUCGUAAGGCAAGGUCGUGAUUUGAAAACUUUAUGGACCGAUACUCAAACGAUAAAUUUCCGUAAGAGUUUAGAUGGUAACAUCGAGCAUAAACCAGCCGAGGAAAAAGAGGUAAAGAAGUUGAGGGACUUUUAUAAAAGAAGGGAAUUUGUCGAGGUUGAUACUGGAUCUUCAGCUGAUAUCCUGACAUUGUUGGACUUCCUGCAUGGUUCCGGCAUCAAAAGUGACUGCUUUAUCAAUUCGAAACUAAGCGCUAAGCUUGCUAGACAAUUAGAUGAACCAUUGAUAGUGGCGAGCGGUGCUUUACCAGAUUGGUCACUAUUUUUAACCAGAAAAUUCCCAUUUUUAUUUCCUUUCGAUACCAGAAUGCUUUUCUUACAAUCUACUUCGUUUGGUUACGGAAGAUUGAUUCAACUCUGGAAGAAUAAAAGCAAGGGCUCGAAGGAUUCAAGAAACGAUGAAGCUUUACAACAACUUGGAAGAAUUACUAGGCGCAAAUUACGGAUUUCAAGAAAAACGAUAUUUGCUACUGGCCUCAAAAUUUUAUCUAAAUAUGGAGGCAGCCCUGACGUAUUAGAAAUUGAAUACCAAGAGGAGGCAGGAACAGGUCUAGGCCCAACUCUGGAAUUUUAUUCCGUAGUUUCCAAAUAUUUUGCGAGGAAGUCAUUAAACAUGUGGCGCUGUAAUUCUUAUAGUUAUAGGAGCGAGAUGGAUGUUGACACAACUGAGUAUUACAUUACCACUUUAUUGUUCCCGGAACCUCUCGACCCUUCUUCCAACAAUGAGAAAAUCGUUGAACUUUUUGAAUAUUUAGGGACGUUUAUUGCCAGAUCCUUGCUUGAUAAUAGAAUCCUUGAUUUCAGAUUUAGCAAAGUCUUUUUCGAAUUAUUACACAGAAUGUCUACGCCCAAUAUCACAACAGUUCCAAGUGAUAUUGAAAGCUGUUUGUUAAUGAUUGAGUUAGUAGACCCAUUACUUGCAAAAUCCCUGAAAUAUAUAGUUGCCAAUAAGGACAACAAUACCACCUUAGAAGAACUGUCCUUGACGUUUACCGUUCCUGGUAAUGAUGAUAUUGAGUUGAUUCCGGGUGGAUGCAACAAGUCCUUGAAUUCUUCUAAUGUUGAAGAAUAUAUUUAUGGCGUUAUUGACCAGAUACUGGGUAAAGGUAUUGAAAAACAGUUAUUAGCAUUUUUUGAAGGUUUUUCGAAGGUAUUUUCCUAUGAGAAGAUGCUAAUACUCUUUCCCGAAGAAUUAGUUGAUAUUUUUGGACGGGUUGAGGAAGACUGGUCUAUGGAAACAUUAUAUACAAAUGUGAACGCUGAACAUGGUUAUACAAUGGACUCUUCAAUUAUUCAUGACUUCAUAUCAAUAAUAUCCACUUUUAACAAUCACGAAAGGAGACUUUUCUUGCAAUUUUUGACUGGGUCCCCCAAACUUCCAAUUGGAGGAUUUAAAAGUCUGAACCCUAAAUUUACAGUUGUGUUAAAGCAUGCUGAAGAUGGUCUUACAGCAGAUGAGUAUCUACCAAGCGUAAUGACAUGUGCGAACUAUUUGAAAUUACCCAAAUAUACUAAUAGGGAUAUUAUGGGGUCUCGUCUACGUCAAGCGAUUGAAGAAGGUGCAGGGGCUUUUUUGCUUUCCUAA